AAGUCUAACUAACUAAUUAGAGCCGGAACCAGCUGCUGCUGCUCUGAAAUUGAAGUUGAAGUUGAAAUGGCUUCUGCUGCUUCGGCUUCAAGCACUGGGUGCUUAGUUCGUUCACGCUUCCCACUCGGCGAAUGUCAGCAUCAUCGUAAUAACGGGAUUGCACUGCUUCCCCAGUUACCCAAACCCCUCAUCUCUCUUUCUUCUUCUUCUUCUUCUUCCAAAGCUGCUGCAAUUGCAAUUGCAAUUCCAACUGCAACUGCAAGUGAGAGGAAGGAGCGUUCCUCUUUUGCUCGAACUGCGGCUGUUCGGCAUCUCGUGGGUUCCGUUACCACAGCUCACGGCCUUCGUUUCGCAGUGGUUGUAGCACGGUUUAAUGAGAUUGUCACAAAGCCACUGCUAGAGGGAGCCUUAACUACUUUCAACAAUUAUUCUGUUCAAGAAGAGGACAUUGAUGUGGUAUGGGUUCCUGGUAGCUUUGAAAUUGGUGUAGUUGCACAGAGGCUUGGAAGUUCGGGGAGAUAUCAUGCAGUUUUAUGCAUUGGAGCUGUGAUAAGAGGUGAUACAACCCACUAUGAUGCUGUUGCUAAUUCAGCUGCAUCUGGAGUGCUUUCAGCUGGUUUAAAAUCAGGUGUUCCAUGCAUAUUCGGUGUCUUAACUUGUGAUAAUAUGGAGCAGGCUUUAAAUCGAGCUGGUGGUAAAUCUGGAAAUAAGGGUGCAGAGACUGCCUUGACAGCUAUUGAGAUGGCAUCUUUGUUUGUGCACCAAUUGAAGUAAAGUACUGUUACUCUGAGUAGAUUGUGAUGGCAUCUUUGUUUGUGCACCAAUUGAAGUAAAGUACUGUUACUCUGAGGAGAGAGGCAGAUAAUUUUUUAUUUCCUGAUCGAUGUGCGUGGUCUUGUUGUUCCGUUUUUGAACUGCUAGAAAUUGUGUGGGGGAUGAUCAGACAUGGUAGCCAUAUUGUCCGAAACUUACCUUGGCUAUCUGUUGAUUACUAAAGCCCUGCCAAAUGAAUCUUAAUGCUGAACCUGGAAAGAAACAAAAAGCGAGUAUAAAGAGUUUUGAAUAAAAGUGUUUCUCUCUUGCUUCGUGUG